GCAUGAAAAUACAUGCUACUUAAUUAAAAACUAAUCUCAAUUUCAAUCAAAAAAUCCUAUUUAAAUAACUUUUUUAUUUUUCUGAUUAAAAAAACCCCAUUGAUUUUUAUCCACCCUGUGAUUAACAGUUGGAUGUAGCACUUUGAAAUUAAAUGCUAUAUGCAAUUCUAAGUGUGCAUAACUGGAAGUAAAAAUCUAAUAAAAUCAAUUGACCUCACGAAACCUGGCUAGAAUUUGGUUGUUAGACCAAUAGCAGAACCCAGUUGUUUCUGUUAGCUCAAAGUAUUGCAGUUGUUCUAUAUAUUUAUUUUAUUUUCUGAAAUACAUUCUGGAGAGCUUAUUCCUCUUGAAAUGCUCUCUGAAAAUCACUCAGAGCUUUACUGGACCUUCUUUAACUCUUCAUAUGGAGCAGUAUUAUAUAGCUUAGCAUGUCAGUUGCCAGUACCUAAAGAGACAAUAGCUCCUUUCAUCCUUGAAUUGCAUGGGAGUCACUUUUCCAUUAUGUGUGCCUCUGCACUGGAUUGCCCCAUGGAAAAGAUAACUCUCAUUUGGUUGGGAUAAUAUGUAAAAGGGGCCAAUGUUGUUUCAACAUUAGUAGAUGUUUUGUAAUAUUUAUUAUUAAGAUUAAUUUCUGGAACAAAUCUUUAAAAACUGGAGAACACUCAAAAUAAUUGUGAAAUGAACUAUGAAGUAUUGACCAGUGUUUGUUUUGUAUACUGUCUUCUCUUUACUGUAGCAUUCUAUGGGAAGACGACAAGCACCACAAUUUUUUCCCUUCCAUCUUGACAUAUGAUUCUCUUAUAACAGCAGAGGCACAUCAUAGAAGUGUUUUCGUCAAGUUUGAAUAUUUUCUGCGAAAACUUGCCAAGAAAAAUUCCGACUGUCUUUUGUUACUUUUCUCUGCAGCAGAGAUGACAGAUCACAAAUUAUAUUGUCAUCCUUUUUUCAUCACAUCUCUCUCUCUCUCUUUCUCUCUUUUAAAUAAAGAAUUUCUAUGUACUGUGAAACUAAUGGUAAAUUAAUGUAAGCAGAUAGUAUUACUAGAAAGAAACCUUCAUGAAGAUACUGAUUUUUCUGAUGGCCUAAAAGUUAUAUACUAAAUCCACAUAAAUUUUGAGAGGUAUAAAGAUGAUCUCAAGUGAGGGGUAAGACUCCAGCAAGAAUUUUAAAUUGACAAACAAUUUAUAUAAAUUGAUGAGUAAUUAUUAAUCAGUUUAAAAUGACAUGGUCUUGCUCUGAAUGAAUGGUCUUUCUGUGUGUGUAUGCGUGCGCAUGUACACGUACAGAUUUCAUAUCAUGCUUAUAAGGAUGUCAUUUUAGCUGUUGUCAGUGCUUGGUGUUCUUAACAGGAAAGAAUUUCACCUCUGUGACUGUCUUGGGGAUAUUGUUACUACUGAAAUAGAUUUUUAUUUUAUUGUGAAUGUGUAUCCCAAUUUUCUUUCUUAAUCUGAGAAAAGUCUAGAUAUCUAUAGUCGGGUCCAAAAUAAGUAGAUCAAAAUAGUUGAGAGCUUUUUGUUUUGUUUGCUUUUGAGGGUAGCUUAUAUUGUGUAAACAUUUUGACUACCCUGUCACUGAAGUUCUGUUUGUCUGAUUAUUUUUUAAUCUAUGUGGUUUUGAAAGUGGGUUUUCAGAAAUUAAAACUUUUUUUAUUUUAAAAGUGAAACAUGGCAAAGAUUUUUUAUCGGGAAACAAAUACGUUCUCUUUCAUGUUUCUGUUUAAUUUCUUUAGUUACUGUGGUCUAGAAUGAUAAUCCUUGUAGGCUUGUAUUCAUUUGGUACCCCUCCAGUGACUGAGGUCUUGAUGCAUUGGAAGCUUCCAUCAGCAGAACAGGGAAAGAGACUUCUUUUCAUGAAUUUCCUUGCUGUUCCUACUUCCAAAAUGUUCCCCAGUCAGCUGGAGCACAGUUUGAUGGCUGCAGGAAUCUGUGGGUAGGAGAGGGAAUUGCUCAGAAAUUUGUUCCUCUUUGUUUUGCUGGCAGAAGCCUCUGCUGAAUCAAAAGCUCCCCUGUUAGCACAGAGACCAGUUGGAUAUAUAGUUCAUUAUACUUCAGCUGUGGAAGGCUGCAGUCUUAUAUACAUUUCACAUAAGUCACAUUUUGCUCAGGGCUUCCUUCUGAGUAAGCAUGUAUGGCAUGGCACUUGAAAUAAUCAAAAUUACUCACCAUUCAAAUCUGGCAAGAUUGCCACAGAUUUUUUAGUAGUCCAUAUAUUCAUUUGAUUUUGAGCUUUACAUUAGAAAUAAGAGCAUUUAGGUGUUUGAAUUGUACAAAAAUCAUGAAAGGUUAGCUAGUUUGUAUAUACUAGGCCAUAGAUUGGUUUUAACAUAAUUUGGUUUUUAGGUUUAUUUUGCCACUGUAUGAUUGGGAAGCUCAGGUCAGCCUUCGGAUUUUGUGGGAGAAAUAGUGCAGUUCUUUAGGCUAACUUCUAGUGACAGAAACAUUCUGUCAUUUUUAAUGUACACCCAUAUAGAAGUUAAUGCAUUGUUCUGAAAGUAUGUGUUUUCCUGUGGAAGGUGGAAACAAGCAUUUUAAAAUUAAGUAUCUUGCUUUCUUCAGCAAUGUAACAAGGUAAUGAGAUUCUUUGUGAGGACCAAAUUGCCUAGAAUAUUUGCAGUUACUUUGACCAGUAUUACUUCAGCAUAGAUGACUACUAGACAGAAUACUGUACAUUAUGCAGUUUGUUAUUUCUGGUGCAUUUUUCAGCUGAUAAUUUCAGAUCUGUGUAUCUGUUAUAUUUUACUCUUGGGGUUUCUUAGGCUAGCUGCUGAGUUUUAAGCAAAAGUUACACUAAUUAUUGUAUGUGCCUUUGGGGAAGGCAUGCUUUUAAUAAAGUUCAGUGUGCUUAGUUGUCCAUGGAUAUUGCUAAACAUUUUUGGGCUAAUAUCCCAAAGAUGCAGUGAACAUGUGGUAUGUUGUACUGAAUUAAGUAUUGAACCCAGAAGAUGUUUUGAGGGAGACUGGCAAAAUGUGCUUGCCCCUUGCUAAUAAAGAGUCGACAGGUUGGGAACUGCCUUAACUACGUCUGCUUGGUGGAAAGGUAUUAUUUAACUAUGGUUUGGACGUUCAGACAUAGCAGUAGUUUUGUCUGCAUAGUGCUAUUGUGACUUAAAAAGUCUCCUGGCAAAAACUUGAGAUCAUUCACUCACUUACUCCUGAAGUUCAGGAGUGGAUUUAGUCAACUGAGGUAUCUAAGCUAUAGAUCACUUUGGAUCUGAGUUUCUUGUGUUGUUGCAUCAGGCUGACAACUGGCAGUCAUUUGGCAACACUUUUUACUGUCCCGUUGAACAGAAGAAAAGGACAGAGUUUGGUUAGCACACUCCUAUUUCUUCCUUUUUUUUUCCUUUUGACUGAUUUGGUUAUUUGCCAUUUCUGGGGAUUAAACUUUAAAAAAUGUUCUUCUUUUCUGUAUCUGAUGUUCUGUGUGCUAUUAGUGAUGCAGCCAACACGAACGGUUGUCAUGUGUAACACAACUUUCGAUCACCGUGAAAACAACGUCCUGCGAAAGCGUCCAUGCUUGAUAUCGUUUGGUUCAUGAACAUUAAGUUUCCAGUACAGGUAAAAUUCCAGACGAAGCCAAAGCCCUUUCUCUCUUGGCUCCUGCUCCUACAAUGACAAGCCUGAUUCCUGGUGGAGGACUGCUUCCUAUACCAACACCUCCCGUGAGUUCUAUUGGAAUUCCUCUUAGUUCACUGGGAGCUAUACCAGCAGCAGCGUUGGAUCAUAAUAUUACAGCUAUUGGAGAUAUACCCCAGCCACCCAUUAUGGGCAAUGUGGAUCCUUCUAAGAUUGAUGAAAUUAGAAGGACUGUGUAUGUUGGAAAUUUGAAUUCCCAGACGACUACAGCUGAUCAGUUGCUUGAGUUUUUUAAGCAAGUUGGGGAAGUCAAGUUUGUGCGAAUGGCGGGUGAUGAAACUCAACCAACACGUUUCGCUUUUGUGGAAUUUGCUGACCAAAAUUCAGUACCUAGAGCUCUUGCCUUUAAUGGAGUUGUGUUUGGAGACAGGCCACUAAAAAUAAAUCACUCCAAUAAUGCAAUAGUGAAGCCUCCUGAAAUGACACCACAAGCUGCUGCUAAGGAGUUAGAAGAAGUGAUGAAAAGAGUACGGGAAGCCCAGUCUUUUAUAUCUGCUGCUAUUGAGCCAGAGUCUGGAAAGAGCAGUGAAAGGAAAGGUGGUCGAUCGCGUUCGCAUUCACGUUCAGUAUCCAGAUCUAGUUCAAAAUCUCGAAGGAAAAGGUCGCACUCAAAACGCAGGAGUAGGUCUCGGGACAGAUCCCGAUCUAGUCAGAAGGAUAGGCGCAGGUCCAGAAGUCCAGUGAAAAAACGCUCAAAAUCUAAAGAACGACGGAGAUCAAGAAGCCGUUCUCCUUCUCGGGAGAAGAGGAAGGAGAGCAAAGAGAGGAUCAGAGAAAAAGAGAAGAUUAGAGAGAAAGACAGAGAUAAGGAAAAAGAAAAGGAUUGGGACAAAGACAAAGACAGGGGCAGAGAAAGGGAUAGGGACAAAGAACGGGGCAGAGAGAGGGAGAGAGAGAAGGAAAAGAACAAAGAUAGAGAAAAAGACAGAGUGAAAGAUAAAGAGAAGGAUAGAGAAAAGGACAGAGAAAAGGAAAAAGACAGGGAGAAGGAAAAAGAAAAAGGAAAGGACAAAGAGGAGAAGGAAGAAAAAGAUAAGGCAGACUAUUUAGACAGAGAAGUGGAAAGGGUUAGAGAGAGAGAGACAAAAAAGGAGGGAGACAGAGAGAAAGAUGACAAAGAACAGACAAAAAUAAAAGAGGAAGAAAGGGAGAAAGACCGCGAGAGAGAAAAAGAUGGAGAGAAAACCAAUGAAAAAGAAAGAGAGAAGGACAAGGAAGUCGAGAGGGCAAAAGACAAGGAUAAGGAAAGGGACCGAGAUAAAGAAAAGGAAAGAGAAGAAAAAAGGAAGAAAGAGAAAAGAUCCAAGACACCUCCCAGAAGUUACAGUUCCUCAAGAAGAUCACGUAGUUCCAGCAGAGAUAGACGGAAGAGGAAGAGCCGAAGUCCCUCAAAGUCUCCCAGACCAUCCAAAAUCACAAAGAGGAAAUCUUCCCGGUCUCCAUCUCCAAGGAAAAGCAAGAAGGACAAAAAGACAGAGAAGGAAAGAGAUUUGAGUAAUGAUAGAAGAGAGAGGGAGAGAUCCACAUCAAAGAAAAAGAGUAGCAAAGACAAAGAGGUUAAAGAGAAAUCAGAUAAAACCACAGCUUUGAAGGAUAAAGAUUUGGGCAAAGAGAAUCAGAAUUCUGAAAUCGAUAAACCAGAAGAAAAUGCGGCAGUGGAAGAAGAAAUUAGAUUACAGCAAAAUGGGAACUGUCAACCAAAUGAAGAAAAUAUCUCAGUUAAGACUGAAGAAGUGUAAAACAUUGAAUAGACUUCUUACCCAACUGUGGAAGUAAAUACAAAGCAUUUUCUCCUGUCCCCCACAAUCCACCAAAAGAGGACAAAAAAUAUCAAGCAAUCAACCGGAUGUAGUGUAUUGUGCUAGCAGUUCUUCCGGUUCUUGUGGCGGUUCUUGAAGCAAGAAGCAGAGCUGACCAAUAUGAAAUGCUGUGACAAAACCCAGCAGCAUUAGAUUGGAUCAUCCAAAGGAAUCUGCAUUUCUGUGAUGAUAAGAUUGUGCAACAGCUGUUACAAAUAUGUGGAUGUAAUCUGUACAACCCAGAAAAGCUGCUGAGGAUGCAUUGGAAAUUGUUAAAAUAUUGGUAGUUUAAAGAGUUUGAUGUUUUGCUUUAUGGAUUUUAAGCUAAACUCCAUGUGAUAUGUUUUGAUGAUGUGCUUGAAAAUGGUGCAAAAAUACACAUGCUUCCCUUGUUGUUGUAAAUGACAGUGAUGAAAACUUUUAACCUAACACAGUUUUACAGUUGUUGUGUUUAUUUCCCUCAAAGUCAAGUGAAGAUUCUUUCUUUUUGUUGCUUGUGUAUUUUUUUUUUAUAUUUUAAAUAAUUUGCUUAUAAAUAAGUCUCGGAUCUUUCUCUUACUAGUAGUUGAUCAAUGCAUGCUAAUGUUCUGGUUCUAGAAAGAACAGCCAUGUUUAUAUUGGAUUUCCAUUCUGCCAACUAUAAGCACAUUAUGUAGUAAUCUCCAAAUAACUGGCUUUGUUUUGAGCGUUAUGGCAGUGUGCCCAGUCACCUGCAGAUAGGACAGAUGCCCAUGACAAAAAUAAAUGUUUUGCUUUUGAAAUGGGACAUGGGAGCACAAGAUGAUGUGUUAGUGCCUUCUUUGAAACACAGAAUAGUGGUUUCUAGUUCUUUUUAAUUCCCCAUUUUUGAAUGCUUGAUCUUCUGGAUGAUUCUAUCACAGCAGUAGAUGGGUUUUAGAGAUCUGUUGGCCCUGUCACCUUGUUAUUUGAUAACGGGUUGAAGAUCUCUUUAAAUGAAAUCACUCUCAUGGCUAAAAUUGCUGUUAAAAGAUCAUCAUAAAGUGAGCAUGACCCCGCUGUACAAUUCAGUUAGUUCCUAAGUUACUGGACCAUAUGGCAAGUAUGAAUUAAAUAGUUCUGAAUAAAAGUACUUCAUAUUAACUGUAUUAUGGACUGGGCUGAAUGUCUAACAAUGAAAUCAAAAGUGCCCUUCUUUUGAAUAUCCUCAAGAGUUCAUUUCUGACAUGAGUUGUGUUAAGAAGACAGGAGCAGAUUGCAAGUAGUCAAUGAAAACAAUUGCAUAGGUUUCUGCUUAAUUUUUUGUAAAAUAGUUUGUAAGACAGCAGAAGACAAAGUAAGUCUUCUGAAUCUGUUUUAGCGUUUUAAGACUGACAACAGAAAUUAAAACAUAGCUACACUAAAAUCAGGAACCAUCUGAACGUAACAUAAAACAAUCAAAUUGCCUUACUUCAUGGGGAAAAUGUACAGAAAAGCCAAGUAAGUAUUAACUUCCAAAUUUGAACAUUUUAUGGUAAAUGGAAAACAAAACCCAUGUAAGGUGAUUAAGCCUAUUGAUUGUGACACUGCUUUAAUAGCUCAUUAUUUUCUAUUAUAAUCUAGAGGCUUUUCUCCCUCCUUUUUUUGGCCUCCAUGUACAUGAAAAUUAUAAUGAAUGCUUUACCAUGUAAAGUAUGGACAGUAAUUUUUUUGAUGUUUAGCCACAUGCAGUUGGCUGGCAAACAGCAUAUUCUGAUAAAGUAAUGACAAAUCUCAUACGCUUCUUGAAGGACUGUGAAAGACUGUUGGGAAAGCAGCUGUCAUAUGAUGUGUAAGUAGCAUAGAGCAAAGACUGUAUACUUGUUAUCUUUGUUACAUCACUAAUAAAAUUAAGUAUUUUAGAGGGAAAA